AUGAGCAACAAAAUGUGGGAGGUUGAUCCCGAAACAAAGAGCAAGCUCCUAGAUAUCCAAAAGACCAAUGAGAACAACCGCUGCGUCGACUGCGGUGCUCCCAGCCCGCAAUGGGCCUCGCCCAAGUUCGGCAUCUUCUUCUGUCUGUCCUGCUCUGGCACCCACCGCUCCCUCGGCGUCCACAUCUCCUUUGUGCGAUCAAUCACCAUGGAUUCCUUCAAGGUUCAAGAGGUAGAACGCAUGGCCAAAGGCGGCAACAAGCCAUGGAAGGAUUUCUUUGACGCCCACGAAUCAAACACCCUCCAAGGUCGCACCUUCGACGAAUGCACAAUUCAGGAACGCUACGACAGCGACGCUGGCGAGGAGUGGAAAGAGCGCCUGACCGCAAAGGUCGAGGGCAAGGAAUACGUCCCAGGCACAAAGAGCAGUGGCAUGGCUGCUCGCGCAAAGCCUGCCACCUCGACUUCGACAAGCAGAAGUCAAACUCCUCUCGGUGCCUCAUCUGCUGGCCCGACCUCGCAAAAGUCCCAAAAUGAAGCUUACUUCGCCCGUAUGGGUGCCGAGAACGCCAACAGAUCUGAUGCUCUGCCUCCUAACCAAGGCGGAAAAUACUCUGGUUUCGGUAGCGAGCCCAUGCCCUCGUCCGCUUCAAACUCAAACUCGAUCCCUGGUGUCGAUGACUUCCAGAAGGAUCCUGUUGCUGCUCUUACCAAGGGUUUCGGCUGGUUGAGCAGCACCGUGACCAAACAGGCAAAGACUGGCUACGACGGAUGGGUUAAGCCCAACAUGCAAAAGCUGGCUGAAGCCGAUCUUGCUGCUCAGGCACGUAUGACGGCAGCGCAAUUGGGUCAGGGUCUUCAAACAAGCACAAAGUCUGCUGCUGAAACCUUCAAUCGCUUCGUCGAGGGCGACGAGAGACUAGCGCCAAGGGGAGGCAAGGGUCCAGCACCAGACAAGCGAGACUUCUGGGACAGUUUUGGUGAAGCUCCACAAGGGCCUUCAAACGACAAGAAGGACUUCUGGGACGACUUUGCUGCUGCUGGCGAGUCUGCGACACAAAAGAAGGCAGCUUCGUCUAGCAUAGGAACGAGCGCCAUGAAGAAGCCUACAGGUUCGCAGCAAAAGUCCAGCGACGAUGCUUGGGGCGAUUGGUAG